UCAGCUAUAAAAUCCAAGCUAAACUAAAAGAUGGAAAUUAGCAAAGAAGAAUGGAGGGCAUUAGAUCUCUGAAGGAAGUUGUGCAUUUUCUUAUAUUUCUUAGCUUGGCAGCAACUUGCAGUACAUGUACUAUUGCCGCUACUCAAUCAUGUGAAAUGGUGUCAUCGAUUUUAUGUGCAGCUUCUUCUUCCCAACUCCCAGUAGUUGGGAAGAAACACUUGGUGUUGAUUCAUGGAGCCGGUCACGGAGCGUGGUCGUGGUACAAGGUGGCCGCUUUACUGAAAUCCUCGGGUCAUAAUGUAUCGGCUCUGGACUUGGGAGCAUCAGGAAUCAACCCGAUCCAGGCUGAGCAUCUACCUUCGUUCUCCGACUACGUUGAACCGUUGACAAAGCUCAUGGUAUCUCUGCCGCCAACGGAGAGGGUUAUUCUGGUGUCUCACAGCAUGACCGGAUCUACAAUGGGGGUUUUCAUGGAGAAGUUUCCUGAGAAAAUUGUGGCAGCCGUGUAUGUCACCGCCUUUAUGUCAGGUCCUACGCUCAAUUAUUCCACCAUAUUUACAGAGAUAAACAAAAGAUUGGACUAUAUGGAUUCUGAAUAUAGAUAUGAUAAUGGGACCAACAAUCCUGCAACCUCCUUUCGCUUUGGCCCUAAGGUCUUAGCAGCAAAUUUCUACCAGCUAUCUCCACCAGAGGACUUAACACUAGGGAUGUCGUUGGUGAGAUUUUCCCCUCUAUACAACUACGAUCUUAUGGAACUCACAGAGGAGAAAUAUGGAUCUGUUCCCAGAGUGUUCAUUUUGGCGGAUCAAGACCAUGGAAUAGUGUUGGACGUCCAAAAUUUCAUGAUCAAGAAUAAUCCACCGGAUGAAGUCAGGGUGAUCAGUGGUUCUGAUCACAUGGUCAUGCUCUCUAGACCAGUGGAGCUCUACUCCCACCUCCAGAACAUUGCUGAGAAAUAUUCUUAAUCAGGAAAAAUAUAUAGCAAAGUACCACAAACCCAUAAUUUCUCAAGGAAAUAAAACCAAGCUUAUGGGUGUAAAUUUUUAUUUCCAGAAGCAUGCAUGUCUACCGAUUAGCAAAGUGCAAUUACAACAAAUUAAAUGGUAAAAUUUUGUGAAAUAUCAGUGAUCUUAAUGCUAUUAGGCUUAUUCUCUAUUUUUACUUAGGUACCUUACUUAAGAUUCCAAAGCAUAGCUGAGAUAUACUCUAAAAAACCAACAG